AUGCCAAAGCACAGAAAGUCCCGCCUCGGAUGCAAAGAAUGUAAAGAACGAAAGGUCAAAUGCGAUGAAUCGCAGCCAAUCUGCAUCAGAUGCAAAACCUCGGGAAGGAACUGCUCUUACCAAGAGCUCGUUAGCAGCUUGCCAACGUCACCGGCUCGUACGCCUACACACCUAUCCACGCCCCAAGCUCCGAGUCCCCAAUCCUCGGUUUCCUCCAGCCGUCAUUUGCAACCGCCCUCAGCAGUACCGGAUUUGAAUGGCGUACGUACGUCAUUGAAUCUAUCAGACUUAUUUGAUGACUUCUUUUCGGAACGCUUCAGCUUGUUCCACUUCGACCUUCUCCUUUUCUUUAGAGGCCCUCUGACGGAUGUCCUCGUCGCUCUGCAGUCAGAAAUGGGCCCCAUCAUGCGUCUGACGUAUACUGAAGCAUUGAAAGCGCCAUACUUGAUGGACCAAGCACUAGCUUUCACGGCCGCCUACAAGAGCACAGUCGCUAACGACGAAAAUUCAAAGGCGCUUUACCUCACGCAGGCAAUGAGCCUCCAGACGAGAGCCAUAGGUCAUCUGGAUAUCGGGGGCCUGCAAGUUACCGAAGGCAACGUCAUGGCGCUGUUCUGCUUCACCUUACUGCUUGGUCAACAAACUCUCUUCGAAGCCUUCGCCGCCGCAACCUCCAUACCAACCGUGCUUGACAGACUUGUCCAAUGCCUCACACUGCACCAUGGAAUCCGGAGCAUUGUUGUGGAAUCCAUGGGCAAAUUCCAUUUCCUUAUGCAGGAGCUUCUCCCGCACAAUGCGGCAUAUUCUAUGGAGACCGGCACACAAGUCAUUCAUGGCACCGAGUGUGAUAGCUUGCUUCAACGACUGAAUGAAAAUGAAAUGAACGAACAAACAAGAGGUAUCUACAUAGAUGUUGUCAAGACCCUGCAGUAUCUUUUCGAUUUUGUGCGGUCUGAGGAGAGUCGCAGGCUCAUUGUCAUUCAGGAAUGGCCAGUUCGAGUGUCACUGGAGUACAUCAAACUGCUCCAACAACGACGCCCAGAAGCCCUGGUUUUGUUGUCUUACUAUGCCGUGCUAUUACACUGGACAAGAGACUACUGGGCCGUUGGUAGCUCUGGAGAAUUUCUCAUAAGGGCAACUUCAGAUCACCUUGGGACUUACUGGAAAGAAUGGCUCGAAUGGCCGAAUUCGAUGCUGAAGGAAGACGAGAUGAUGGAUACAGCAUAG